AUGUGGUGGCCGUGGUAGUACAGCAGUAUAUCCCCACAUUUUCUCACGACGGUGUGCGUCUUCCGAUUUCCGAAGGCAUUCCGAUGGACGCCCGCUUGAUCAGAUAUUAAAAAAUUGAAGAGUCCGACCAGUUAAUUAAGUAUCCAGUGUUCAACGUGUAUAGAGAGCAUGCGAGUGAGGAGGCAUCCGGAAGGUUGCAACUUGACGCUCUUUCGGCCGACUCACUUACACAACAGCAAGUCCUUUCACUAUUACUGGCCAGACGCUAGAAGGAAGGCCCUUAUGUCCUUCCUACCACGUCUUUUCAGACCGCCAGCGGUGAACUACAGAGCAUAUUCUUCUUUUUUCUCGUCUAAACCAGGCGGAGGACGAUACUUCAAUUCCGCUAAACCUCCCAAGCCUGUCGUUUCUUCCGGCAGAACAAAGGUUGACAACGGAAACACCAGCGUCGCAUCUAGCGAUGGAACAAGCAGUAGCAGCUCUGGAAAUGGGAAUGGCAAGAUGAAGGUCGGAGGUGCAGAUGAAAAUCCUUCGAUUCCAACCUCGAACGCGGUCGACGCAGCACGAAGUAACACUUCCCUGCCAUUCACGUCGCCUUCGGCGUUUUCAAACCAAUCCCAUCACCAAGUUCAUCCCACAAUAUCGUCACAGGAUUUCAAUCUUCACCAGUUUUUCUCAUUGCACCGACCGCUUUUGCUCUUAUCUCAGCCGCCAUCUACCAUCUUUGAGUCUGCGCCCCAGGAUGCGCCAUUCUUUCAGUCACCGGAGGAGUUUUCAACGACUCAAUCGCAGUCAGGGAAAUUUGCUACUCUCGACGAGCCGCCAGAAUCCUCGUUUGAGACCGAUGCUGAUGCCGCGAGGCAGCUUGGUCAUGCAUUGGUCAUGAACCGCGUGGGCGGAAUAGUGUCCUGGCAAAACACUUUGGCAAAACUUGGCUUGAGUGAGGAGACUGCAGAAGGUAGCGCAAUUAAUGCGAAAGAGUCUGCACAGGAGUGGGUCACUAUCUACGCUGAUAGCACAAAGCGAAAGAAGCGAAAGAAGAUGAAGAAGCACAAGUAUGUUUCAUACUCCAAUGUGAAGGAAUGACAGACUGAUUGAUUGCUCUCCUAUUCAGGUUGAAGAAGCGUCGCAGACUCACUCGCAUGCAACGUCAGAAUGCAAAGUAGAUGAACUCCGGUGGACAUUUGGCCACCCGGCACGCCGUGUAGCCGUAUUAAUUUCCCAGAUACAUCUUUUACAUUCUUUGGAUUGCUCCCCUCACCCAAUCAUCAUUUUCAUGUCCAAUCAUAUGCGUCAGGCGAUCUGAUUUUUUGUGGCUGAGGAUGAAUUCAACGGAUGUGUUUCCAAACCCGAACAGCACCCCUUCUCUGACCCUCCCCUUCCCACUCAAACCCACCCUUCCACACCUCUUCGUAAC